AUGUUAUUUAUUACUACAUCUUUGCUUUUCACUUCUGAAGCAGAGUUGUCAGGGCCCUCAGAAAAUCCCGGAAAUUUGGAACACUGGCAGCAAAUAAUUACUCCUUACAACAACCGCGUGAAGGAAGGACGAAAAGAUAACAAGAAAAAGACCGCAUUCCCGUCUAUUCCGUCGUUUCCGUCUCCACUAGGAGGACACAUCUCCUCUCUUCACGCCACCGAUGACUCGCUUAUUGUUACUAUGGAUGUUGCCCAGUUCAGGGGGCCUGAUGAUUUGAAAAUAUCAGUUGUUGGGCAAUUCAUUGUGGUCGAGGGAAAACAUGGUGAAAAACAGGAUGAGUUUGGAACCAUCGAGAGACACUUUAUCAGAAAGUUCAACCUACCACGAAACGUCCAACCAGAAGGUGUGUCAAGCAAGCUAACCAGUGAUGGAACGCUGACGAUCGAGGCUAUUCCUUUGAGACCGAAGGAAGGUUCACCUGCUCGUGCGAUACCGAUUAAAAUCGUGGGAGGUGCACCGCCGGCACCUUCGGAAGCAAAAGCAGAAGAAGCCAAAUAA